AUGGAAAUUCGAAAUGUUUCCGGUAAAAGUGAAAAAAUUGUCAAUUAUGACGACUCCAACGAAUCCCAGGAUGGUGCUGUUGCACGAGGGAACUGGUCAGGAAAACUGGAGUUUUUGCUGUCUUGCCUAACAUUUGCUGUUGGACUAGGAAACAUAUGGCGAUUUCCGUACCUUUGCUACAGAAAUGGCGGUGGAGCAUUCUUGUUUCCAUAUUUGCUGUUCGUUGCCCUCUGUGCCAUGCCGUUAUUCUUUUUGGAAGUGGCGAUUGGGCAAUUUGGAAGUCUUAGUUCAAUAGCAACAUGGAAGCUGAGCCCAUUAUUCAAAGGUAUAGGAUACAGUAUGACCCUUCUUGUGUUUGUGGUAAAUAUUUACUACAACGUAAUCGUAGCCUGGACAAUCUACUUCAUCUUCGCUUCAUUUACUUGGACUCUUCCAUGGAGUACGUGUGGUAAUUCAUGGAACACGCCCCAAUGUAGCUUAAUAGGACAGGCCAACACUACAUCAAAUGGUACAGUUGACUAUCUACUCAAAAAUUUCACAGCGUACAAAAUAGGGAAUAUAAAUGUCUCAGUAGAUGUAGCUGAUAAUGGAAGCACUUUAGUGAACACUACUCUAAGACGAGUGUCUCCAAGUGAGGAAUAUUGGAGUCGUUAUGUCCUCAAUAUAACUGAUGGUAUUGAAUAUAUGGGUUCUGUCCAAUGGAAGUUGUUGCCUUGCCUUGCGGCGGCCUGGAUGGUAGUGUUUCUGUGUAUCAUCAAAGGCAUUAGGACAUCUGGCAAAGUGGUAUACUUCACGGCUACCUUUCCUUACCUAAUACUCACAAUCCUGUUGAUACGUGGUGUGACCCUCCCUGGAGCAGCAGAUGGUCUGAAGUACUACCUCAUUCCCAAGUGGGAAAAACUUGGCAGCUUUAAGGUAUGGGGUGAAGCAGCUAUGCAAAUUUUCUAUUCGUCCGGUGUAGGUUGGGGUGCUGUUGGCACGAUGGCCAGCUACAACACGUUUAACAACAACUGUCACAGAGACUCCAUUUUAAUUCCAAUCAUGAAUGCUGGUACGAGUCUAUUCGCUGGUCUUGUGAUCUUCUCCAUUGUUGGAUUCAUGGCUCACGAAACUGGCGAGAGUAUUGAGAACGUCGUUACUCAAGGUCCUGGGCUUGCUUUUGUUGUAUACCCAGAGGCUGUGACCAAACUCCCGGCUGCUCCUGUGUGGUCCGUGUUGUUUUUUACGAUGGUUCUGACAGUCGGCAUUGGUAGUCAGUUUACCAUGGUUCAAAGCAUAGCUGUCUCUGUUGUUGACGAGUUCAACUUGUCUAACAGGAAAGUACUAGUAACAGCAAUUCUAUGUAUUGUAGAAUUUGUCCUGGGUUUACCAAUGAUAAUGCAAGGCGGCAUGUACGUGUUACAAGUGAUGGACUGGUACGCCGUUACAUUUGUCAUAAUGAUUGUAGCAUUUACAGAGUGCGUAGCAGUUGCUUGGAUAUAUGGCAUGAACCAGUUUUCCAAAGAUAUUGAGUUGAUGAUUGGUUUUAAACCAUGCCUUUGGUGGAAGAUGUGUUGGCGAUUCCUUACACCAGGUCUCGUAUUGUUCAUAUUUUGCUUCAUAAUCAUCACCCACGUACCCGUGACAUACGGGGAUUAUACGUAUCCUGACUGGGCAAUUGGUGUAGGAUGGAUACUGGCUGUUGUAUCAUUUGUACCAAUACCUGUAUACGCAUGCUAUCGAAUAUACAACACAGAUGCUAGUACUUUUGUACAACGUUUACGACUCCUGAGAAUGCCUGAACCAAGUUGGGGUCCAUCGCUUGAAAAAAAUAGAGAAUUGUAUAUCAGUACACUGGAUGAGAGAGUAAAACGACACGUUUUGGGACAAAUGGACUUGGAUUCGGCCUCGAUACCACUUAAACAAUGA